GACGUCGAUUAAGCAGCGCCACUUCUUUGUUGAUGUGCGCGGAUGUGCAGUUUCUUCGUCAGCUGUUGGUUGUUACUUCGGUUUUUAGAUCCUCUCCUGUGUACACACAGCCGAGUUGUCGGCACUGCACUGUGUGUGGACUGCAGUAGGAGUUGUUUUCGGAGAGCAGCUGGUUGCGACCGGUGAAUUCCUGGCCACUCAUGGCGAACGAGCGGCUCCGAGCUCUGGAGGAUGUGGAGAAGGAGAUAGCGACGGUCAUGCAAUGCGCCGGUAAUAUAGUUCUUGAACUCUCCAAAGACAAACACAACGCCAGCCUCCUGGACAGACAGCUGGUCCAGUUCCAGAGCUCCGUCAACCGAGUGGAGAACGAGCUGAGCGGCCAGAUCCGCUACCUCACACAGGUAGCUACUGGUCAACCUCACGAAGGCUCCACUUACUCAGCCAGGAAGGACUGUCAGAUGGCACUGAACCGAGCCGAGUACGCCAAAGUCAAACUGGGAGAACUGGGACGGACCUGCGAAGUCAUGCUGGAGCAGCAGCAGCAGCAGCAGCAGCAGCAGCAGCAGACAUGAGAGCCGAGAUCUAGAUCUGGAUCUGGACCCACACAUGGUCUAACUUGCAAGAAAAAAUAAAGUUAAACUCUCCUGUAGGCAAGUCCACGCAAUGUUUGACACACUCCUACUCAAAAAGGGGUAUUACAAAACUUCAUUUAAAGUGCUUGUAUUAUGCUCUUUUUCAGGUUCAUAAUUGAAAAAAGAUAUACAACAAUAAAUAACAGGGAAAAAACAUAAUAUGAGCACUUUAAGACAUUUAUUUACUAUUUUAUUCAUAUAUUAUGCUACUUUUGUUAACCCAAGACUUUUGUGAAUGCACUUAUUUCAUGCACCAAAACAAUUGAGUUCAGGCAUGUUUUCAUGAGAAAUAAUAGUGAAAACAUAUAGCAAUGUAGCGCGGCUAUUUUCAUUUGGGCGCCCAUGUUAUCUAAUCUGUUCGGGCGCGGAGCAGCUGAGUCAGCCCGUACGCUACAGCGAUCGUUUUGGCAUCACCUCUUUUUCUUACACGAGCAAAUGUGUCAGGGCCAAAUUACCUCUUUAUACGUUGCUCUGACACAAAUUUGGACAUCACUAUACAGAAAGCUGAGUUUCUUCUGAACAUUGUGAUAUAUAUCACACAUUGGUAUCAGGUUACAUGCACACA